GUCCGAACGAGACGAUGUGUUCGAUUGUUUAUUCAGCAGCUGCAAACAUUCCAGAGGUCUCGAUCGGGUGUGUGUGGGCAGCGAGGGGAGGCAAGCGAGUCGACAGCCCGUCGAAUCCCCCUGCACCUUCCCACGCGUCAACAAGCGAAAUCGGACGGUGUCGGGAUGCUGCAGAUGGGUUCCAGCGAGAAAAUCUGGGAUGCAAACAAGGCCCCGCUAUGAGAUCCCUCAAUGGGUACCUAUAAAGCAACUUGCACCGACGGUGGUGCUCCGCAGACGGACGGAUGCUAUCUUGGACCCUCAAUUCGCUCCAUCACCGCUCGGCUCGCAUUGCGGCUCAACUGGUCAUCAGCGCCGGGACGACAACGGCAAUGGAGAUGGCGGAGACGAUCUCCAGACCAGCGACGACCCUGAAAGUGAUUCAAACACUGCCACUACCAGCGUCAUCUCACCCACCAGCGCCGUUCUUGCUCCCACCUCGUCGCACGCCGCCCACGCAACAGCGACAAGCAUCGGGGGCGGUCAGAAAGUGCCAACAUGGAGUGGAAGCUACAUGUGCUCCACCUACCAGCUUUGUACCAAGAGCAGCGGAAAGUACUGCUGGGACUAUGCCCUCUCGCUUGCGGAUCGGCCCAUUGGUGCCAAGGAUCUGUGCGUCGACUGCACCAGGCUCCUCAUCAACGACUAUAAUGCGCUGAGGGCAAACGAGACAUCGUUCCCGCACCGGGUCCAGCGCUACAUGUAUAACCUGGCAAAGUCCACAAAGAGCAUCUGCGGCUCGAGCUUUGUGGAUGUGGGCCCGAUCGUCUCGUCAUCGGUUCUGUCCCCGACCGCUUCCGCUGGCGCUGGGACUAACCCAGGCACUGGCAGCAGCGGGGCCCCUGGGGGCUCGACCAACACAAACACCAAUGCCACAGCCAAGCAGGGAUCAGCGGGGUUUGUCGCCAAUGCUCAGUGGCCGCUUGCGGUAUUCUGUCUUGCCCUGAGCGUGGCGGCUUUGACGCAGUAAUAUCAUACUCGAUUGGCAUAUACAACCACCCCACGGAGCUCGAGGGGGGGGAACGAACCAAGCGAAAUGUGCCGAGCCAGAGCAUCGCUGCCACUGCCCACUGGCGCAAAGGCCGGGAUAGGCCAGACGUCGUCUCUGGCUGGGAGAGAGUUGCCUCCGUUGCUCUCGCAUUCGGCGGUAGGGAGGAGGCACCAAAGAGGGAUGGUGUGCAUCCUCCACAAUUCCGAUGC